CAUAACAGCAUGUACCAACAAUAACGUUCCAACGAGCGAUUCCUAUUUUUUAGCUGAAGGACCUGAGGGCCUUCUGAUGUAAUACUUGUGAAUAGUAGGAAUGGGUGACGACGGCUUUCGCAUUGUCAGGAAGGGGAGGGGAAGUCGCGAGGCAAGCCUCACAAACCUUCUCGAGUCCGUGCUUGCCACCAUACCCGUAGAAGCAAGUAACCAGGUAGCGGGCUCUCAAAGUACAGUGCUGCACAUCAACAGCACUUUUAGCACUAUUCAUGCCCCCCCUCAAGUUCCCCCCUACGUCCCUCGUCUCAACGAGUUACACCAUAAACCAGUUGGGACAGAUACAGUUAAUGUUGAAGCAAAACUUUUUGAGUGUACUUGUGGGAAAAAGUUGAAAACUAGAUCUGGAUUCACUGGGCAUCAGCGACGCUGUUCGGUUGUAACAUCUGCAUUAUUCAUGGCUCCCAAUGUUAAAUUGUCGCCAUCCAUUGAAGAACAAUCCGUUAAAGAGGCCUCUCCGGUGGAGCAAAUAGCCGCUCAGACUGUGAACGUAGAGUCUUCGGGCCCCGCUCCAAAGAAAAGACGAACUACCAGGUCAGGUCCGCCGUUGUUGUUACCUGACGAACUCCCCUCCCAACUCCGGGAGUUGGAGCGGACAUUUCAAUGUUUGAAUACAGUUCAUUCGUUUUGCGCUGUGCAGCGGCAGAUGGUUUGCACUUACGAUGGGCUGAAGGAUUCGGUUAAACAACUAAGUGGAAGCAAGCUCAAAUUAUCAGAUCUUGGUUCUAUGCGAGCUGUCGCUCCAUCUCUCAUUAUGCUGUAUUGGGCAAGACGAACUGAUCUUGAAGAUGCUUCUGUUCGCGAACUCUUGAAUCCGGACGAUAAUGGGUAUCGGGAGUACUCGCUCGUCAUAGAGUUUCGGGAUGCUCGACCAGUCAGAUUACCUGGCAAAAUAAGGCUUCGAGACGCUGAUGGGCAACACCUGGGAUGGAGAACGUCAACACUUGCUGAACAGAUUGGGUUAUCGGAGAAAAGCAGUUCAGUACCGGUCCUCAUUGAACGACGGAACCGAAAUUUUCGAGAAUUUCUGAUCAACUACUGGAAAAAAUGCCUUGAAGAGGGAACAGAUCCUAUCGAGAAGCUCAGCGAUCUGGCGCUGCAAGCGGUACCAGUUCAACCUGGGCAAAUGUGGCCAGAGGGAUACGAAGGGAAGCCUGAGACAGACGGAGCUCCACUUCGCCCGUCAUCAUUAACGGGGUUGUUAGAUGAACUUAAAACUGAGCAGUUUUAUCGACAGCAAAUCAGCGAUGAGGCCGUGCAGAUCGACUCGGCAAGGUCUCCCGAGUAUGGAGAGCUGGACCAGCCGCUUUCCGCGGAUCUAACAGCUGCUAUAAACGCAGCUAGUAAUAUCACCAGGCUAUACACCCACCAAGCAAAACCCAUCAACUUCGUGGAACAGGGACAUAAUGUUGUGGUCAGCACGUCUACAUCCAGUGGCAAAUCUCUGAUUUAUCAGCUACCUGUUCUCCGUGCACUUGAGAACGAUCCUACGGUGCGAGCAAUAUAUAUAUUCCCGACAAAGGCAUUAGCGCAAGACCAAAAGCGCUCGCUAAUAUCUAUCCUUUCGCACACUACCAAUCUGCAAUGGGUGGAUGUCGACACCUACGAUGGGGACACCCCAUACCGCGAUGGAACUCGAGAUGCGAUUAGGGCCAAGGCUAGCGUUAUCUUUACCAAUCCCGAUAUGUUGCACGUCUCUAUUUUGCCGGGACAUAAACAGUGGAAGGUGUGGCUAGAGCGAUUACGAUACGUUAUCGUAGACGAGUUGCAUUAUUAUGCUGCAACAUUUGGAGCGCACUGUGCCAUGGUGAUGCGCAGGUUGCGACGGUUGUGUCAUAUAUACGGUAAUGAUACGGUGCGGUUCAUCAGCUGUUCCGCAACGGUUGCAAAUCCCGCCGAGCACAUGACUUCAUUCUUUGGUCUCCCCGAGUCAGCCGUACGAGUGGUGGACGUCGACGGCGCCCCACGAGGGCGCAAACUACACAUCAUCUGGAAUCCGCCACUUAAGGAUCCCCGAAGACCUGGUCAGGGUCGGUGCAGUUCGCUCGAGGAAACUGUCAAACUGAUUGCUUAUCUGGUGGUUCGAGGUGUACGAACAAUCUGCUUUGCAAAGGUCCGAACUAUGUGUGAGCUUCUCUUGAGGGAGGCUCAUGCAUUGCUGCACGAGGUUGCCCCUGGAUUUGUGAAUAAAGUCAUGUCUUACCGUGGUGGAUAUACCCCAGAAGAUCGACGGAAAAUCGAACGACAAAUGUUUCAAGGGGAGCUGCUUUGUAUUGUGGCGACCAAUGCCCUUGAGCUGGGAGUAGAUAUUGGAUCCUUGGAUGCCGUGAUGCAUGUGGGAUUUCCUUUCAACCUCGCGUCGUAUCGUCAACAAUCAGGUCGAGCAGGACGUCGAGAGCGCGACUCCAUGUCCAUCUUGGUGGCGGAAGGCGAUAAUCCCCUAGAUCAAUUUUACGCCAACCACCCAAAAGAACUGUAUUCGUCGACGCUGGAAUCAUCAGGCGUUGAAGUGUCGAAUGAACUCGUCGUUGAAACACAUUUGCAAUGUGCGGCAUUUGAAUGGCCACUGAUCCCAAACAGGGAUUUUGAAUACUUUGGCGAUUUCGAGUUCAUUGAAGGAUUAUGUUCAAAGUUUCUCCGAUGGGAUACGAUCCAUGAGGUGUACUUUGCAUGUUCCAAGUACGCUUCGCAUCCAUCACGGCAAAUCCAAAUUAGGAGCAUUGACGAGGAUGUUUACCGAGUCAUAGAUGUCACGAUAAAUAAGCAAAUUGAAGAAGUUGAAGCAUCUAGAGUACCGUUCACGUUAUACGAAGGCUCCAUUUUCAUACAUCAGGGCCAGUCAUAUUUAGUAUUUGAGGUUGACGCCGAGCGUAAAUGCGGUAAAGUCCGCCCGACCUCUGUGGACUUCAUCACUGCCAACAGGGAUUUCACAAAUGUGGAUCCUAUGAAGACGAUCGAAAGUCGUCCUGCAACGACUCAUAAGACGCCCGUUCAGGCAUCUGGGCAUACCAAGGCGCUCUUUGCAUAUUAUGGUGAAAUGAGAGUGGUUACAACCGUUUUCGGAUACUUCAAAAUCAACCCACGUACGAGGCGAGUAUUGGAAGCGGUAGAAGGAUUAGAGAACCCUCCAAUCACAAAGACUCGCUAUGGGUUUUGGAUCGAUGUCCCAGAGGACACAGUGCAAGCUCUACGUAACGCCACCCUGAACGUGGAGUAUAGCAUACAUGGUGCCUCGCAUGCCCUAAUAUCUCUAUUACCGACGUACGUUAUGAUACCCACAACUGGACAGACGGACAUUAGAACAGAAUGCAAACAUCCGGCUGCGACAAGGCCAAGACCGCCGAGAAUUGUUGUUUACGACUCUGCCUCCGGGAAAGGAGGUGUAACCUAUAAAGCAUUCAAACACAUCUCAGAUCUCCUCGUUCGGGCUCGACAAGUCGUGGAGAGCUGCGAUUGCUUGGAAGGAUGUCCUGGGUGUAUCCAUCGAUCGGCCUGUAGUGAAGCCAAUGAGGCACUGAGCAAAACUGGUGCGAUAAUUGUGUUAAAAGGAAUGUGUGGAGACUUAGCUGUGUAGAGGGGGGAACAGGGAGGGUCUGGUGUAUUCGGAAAUCUUUUCACUUAAAAUACUACUCAAAGCUGUGUAGAGGGGGGAACAGGCAGGGUCUGGUGCAUUCGGAAAUCUUUUGAGGUACUCUUCAAACGUGACAAUAGUUUUUCGGGUGUCCCCAAGGGCGACAAAUUUAAAAACAGGAUUGACUUGAAUGGGACGCGAUCGCGGGUCGUCAGGUAACCUUUUGAUCAAAGCAAGC